AUGUCCUCCAUGAACCAUCCAACAAACUGGGUGACAUUUGGAGAUGAAAGCACCCCUAUACCCUCACCUCAGAAAAGCUUGCACUCUCCAUCAUCAAACUCAGGGUCAAUACCUCGGCCCAGUGGCUUAAAGCUGACGUUACCUCCAUUGGGAAAUACGGCAAGGAGGUUAUCCAGCACUCAAGAAUCUCCUCAUCUGCACUUUAGCUUCAAUGGAAGCUCAUGUGUGCCCAGCAACACUCCAAUGUGCACUCCAGUAAAAGAGACUCCAACUGGCUCAUCUCCUUUUAAUUACGGCUCUUUGGGACAACCGGACUUCUUUAUGAGUUUCCCCAGCACAUCAACUGGUAUCUCAUCCAUUGACACACAGUUGUCUUCUGAUGUUUCAAGUGUCUUUCCAGCAUUCCAAGAUGAUGUGGGUCACUUUAGCCCAUUUUUUGAUAACACCAUGCACAAGAGUGAUUCUGAAAGUUCCUCUUCAGACUCGGAGCCAGACUCUAGCUUGCCUCGCUUCUUUAUCCGCAGCAAAGAUGGUUAUGAGCCAUCGCAGGACCACCUUCAUAACUCCUACUCUUACAUUUGUCAUAAGCUAGAGCAGUUAAAAGCAAAGGAGGGCCAGGAGAAAGGAAAUACAGAGAAAGAGAAAAUACAGAGAAAAGAUUUAUCGGAGGAUACGGAUGUAGGAAGAGGUCUUUCCUCCUUUGUUCCUCAGGGAUUGUUCCUUAGCCAGAGGAGGCAUGGCUGGCCCUUAAUGCUCAGGAUUCCUGAGAAGAAAAAUCGCAUGUCGUCUCGCCAUUGGGGUCCCAUAUAUUUGCAAUUGCUCCCAGGAGCCGUGCUGCAAAUGUAUUACGUGAAGGGCUUGGAGAAACCUUUCAAAGAGUUUCAGCUCAAUUCAAACUGCUCACUUUCAGGCCCAAAACUCGAAAGCUAUGGCGAGCCACGCAAGAUCGCAACCUUGAAGAUUGAGCACGUGUCGUAUGUAGAACGAAAGCGGUAUAACCCUAAAUCUGAAGGAGCUCACGAGCCAGAGGUAGAGCAGCUGCUGAAGUUUGGAACAACUGAUUAUAGGGACAUAGAGGACCUACUAGUGUCCCUCGAGGAGGAAUUAAUGAGACUACCAGGUCCCCUGAAGCAACAAAAACAUUAUGAGGAGCAGGAUUUGUCCUUGCACAUUUCAGAUCAUGUCUGGAUGCGUGUAGAUAAGAAUGGAGCCUCACUGGAAUGUGCAGCCAUCACUCGAAUUCACUGUCUGGCCUUCAUAAAUGGUGCAGGGGAAUGUUUCCUGGCAUUAAAUGACCUUGGACUACUAAGAAAAGACUCCAGUUACGGCUCUGAGGAGAAUGAGACGUGGAUGGAAAUUGCUGACUACCAUUUUCACAAGUCUGUAAGAGAGCCAGAAUAUGAAGACACCAGGCUAAUCAAAUUCUCACCUCCUGAUGCCUGUAGGGUGGAGCUUAUGCGCUACCGGACCGUUUCCCUCGGCUGUGCUGACAUGCCAUUUUCAGUGAAGGCAAUAGUCACUGUGCAGGGUGCCUAUAUUGAGCUACAAGCUUUUCUAAAUAAGCAGUCAGCAUUUCCUAUUUCUGUUGGAAAUUUAGAAACACAGACACUUUGUGAAAAUGUUCUGAUACAGGUGCCAUUACCUGGUGAUUGGAUAAAGGUGCCACGUACAGUGUCACUCCUGCAAAAGUCUCUCAAGGCCCGUAUGAACAGGAAUGCCUGCCUGGGCUCCGUAAAUAUUCCAGACUCUCAUCCUGUCAUGCAGGUGACUGUUGGUACAGUGAAGUAUGAGAAUGUUUAUGAAGCCAUUGUUUGGAGGAUUGACAAGCUUCCUGCCAAGAACAUAGCAGUGGACCAUCCACACUCCCUGUCCUGCAAGCUGGAGCUCGCUUCAGAUCAAGAAAUCCCCACCGACUGGUUCCCCUACAUCACCAUGGAGUGUGAAGUUACAGAUACAGUCGUCUCUCAGACCAGAGUCAAAUCUUUGGGCACAGAAAGUGACAUUCAGCCUCAGAAACAUGUCACCUACAGGUCGUACUAUCACUGCCAGGUGGAAGUUGAAAAGAAAGUGAUUGCAAUAGAAUCACAGAAACCAUCAAGUUGUGCAACACAGUGA